CCAUAAAGAAAGCUCUACUGCUAGUCAUACAAUGGCAAGAUAGCUCUCUCAAGCCAACCCCGCCAUCAGAACUCCGAUAUCGAUGAGGAGGGGCAUUUCUCUCUCCCAUCCCGCUAACAGUUUCUUCCCCUGCUCAUAGCGGAACCACCCGAUUGGCCGGACUUUUCAAGCAUCAAUUCUAUUCAGUUCAUGCAAUCAAUCGAGAAGCAUCAUCUCAACUUGACAUUCCACUCCAUCGAUCCUCUUUGUCUCCCCCCGACCUACCAAACUCAUCCAAAAUGGCCUCAUCUCCAGCCUCACUACGCUCUCUCUACCGCUCCCUCCUCCGCGAGCUACCACCUCGACCCAUUCUCGCCUCACCACGCUCUCCUCUUCACUCCCACCUUCGAGAUUCCUUUUCCUCCAGCUCCAAGGCUGCGACAUCGCAAGACGCCCGCGCCCACGCUGCUGUCCAGGCCAUCGCCUAUCUUCGAUCUCAGCGCAUGUACGCCACGUUACUCGAGCGUUAUAACCCUGGCAUGGGUAUGGAUGAGGAGGAGCGUGUUCGCUUGACUGCUAGGAGGGUUGGCAUGGAUCUGCCAGUUGAGUAUAAGUAAAUGGUGGACUGCGAAAUGGAAAUGAGAAAAGAGACGGGAGAAAGGGCGGGAAAAGACUCCAAGGGCCACGAAUGAUCAAAGAGACACGAACCAUGACUUGCCAACCCAUCAGAUGAAGCGAAACACGAAGCACCAAGCAAAUCUAUAGAUGGGAGCAUAGGCCAGAAGGUAUCCAGAACUCAAGAAUAUGGCGGUGGAGAAAAAGGCUCAAAUUCAGCCCACAACCCUUCAGUGUACGAAUAAAUGUACCAUGGAACAGAAGAGACAGGCGCAAUACCCAGGCAUCACUCGAUAAUAAAGAACCAACCAUUUCAU